AUGGAUGCUCUUUCUGAAGCAAAUGACACCUUCGCCCUCCACCUUUUAAAGAUACUAUGUGAAGACAACGCUUCUCAGAACGUGUUUUUUUUUUCUCCUCUGAGCAUCUCCUCAGCACUGGCUAUGGUCUUUCUGGGGGUGAAAGGAAACACUGCUGCCCAGAUAUCCCAGGUAGAUCUGCUUACCUCUUGUCUCAGGGAAGGGGCUAAGGACAUUCAUGUGGGUUUCCAGUCCCUUCUUGCUGAAGUGAACAAACCUGGCACUCAGUACUUGCUCAGAUCGGCCAACAGGCUCUUUGCAGAAAAGGCUUGUGAAUUCCUUUCAACCUUUAAGGAACUCUGUCGCCAGUUCUAUCAGGCUGAGCUGGAACUGCUUUCCUUUGCCAAAGCUGCAGAGAAGUCCAGGAAACAUAUCAAUACUUGGGUCUCAGAAAUGACUGAAGGUAAAAUUCAGAACUUGUUGCCAGAAAAAGCUGUUGAUGAACAGACAAGGCUGGUUGUUGUCAAUGCUGUCUACUUCAAAGGAAGAUGGAGUGGACCCUUCGAGAAAGCAUGCACAAAGGAAAUGCCUUUUAAAAUAAGCCAGAAAGACCAAAGGCCAGUGCAGAUGAUGUUCCAGGAGGCUAUGUUUAACCUUGCCUACAUAGAAGAAGUGAAGGCCCAGGUGCUGGAGCUGCCCUAUGAGGGUGAGGAGCUAAGCAUGCUCAUCCUGCUGCCUGACCAUAAUGUGGAUCUAAGCUUGGUGGAAAAAGAGCUCACUUUUGAGAAGUUCAUAGCCUGGACCAAGCCUCAUUGUAUGAUGUGUACUGAAGUUGAAGUUUUCCUUCCAAGAUUUAAACUGGAAGAGCAUUAUAACAUGGAAUCUGUGCUUCAACGUUUGGGAAUAGUUGAUGCUUUUCAAGUGGGCAAAGCCAACUUUUCAGCAAUGUCAGCUGAGGAAGACCUCUGUCUGUCCAAGUUUGUGCACAAGGCCUUUGUGGAGGUGAAUGAGGAAGGCACUGAGACUGCAGCUGCCUCAUACACGGAGUUUUUUGACUGUUGCCUGGAAAAUGUGCCAAAGUUCUGUGCAGACCAUCCCUUCCUUUUCUUCAUCAGGCACAACAUAGCCAACUGCAGUCUGUUCUGUGGCAAGUUUUCCUCUCCAUAA